AUGUCACCGAGAUCUGGCUGCCUCCCUCCCAGCCGUGGUUUUCGGGAUACCCGGGACCACAACAAUAACUACAGGAUGGAGAUCAGUGAACAUUCCGGACAUUUCCGCGCUGCCGAUAAGAGAAUCCCUCCGUACUUACCACAACCUCGGGAGCCGAGUCCGGGCAGAACAGGACUGACACGUGCAGGGCAGGACUGCGAUCACUGGGGACUUUCCAUGACCGCUUUCCUAUCAGUACUCCGGGAGGUUGUCACUCAGCAGGUGACCAGACACCGGAGAAGAUUGGCUCGCAGGGUUAAAUGUCUCUUUGCAGUGCAGGAAGAUCAUGGCUGGUGGAGCGUGGUGCUACGUCCCCCCUCUAAAUAUGGUGGAUUUAAGGUGGAGCGUGGUGCUAUGCUUGAACUUAAAUCUGGGUGGAACACGGCGGCCAACUUCCGGGUUCUCCUCUGGAUCGCGGAGCUCGCUUCCGCCGCACGUGACAGGAAAAGCCCUGACGCAGGGCGUGUCCACUCUGACCAUCUGGCAGCGCCAUUUGAAGUGCUGGCAAGGUGCCAGUUUCGCCUGGGCGGGGUGGCGUCUGCAGAGGGAGUGCAUAUGAUUGAAUAUGUAUCUGAUUCAAUCAAGAACAUAGAUUUUCCGUUGGUCUCUGUGCCACGGGAUCCAGCACUCAGCAAAAUGCACCAGCCAUACAUGAAGUUUUCCGACUGGAAGUUUAAGCUGUUUCGAGUGAAAUCUUUGGAAAGGACCCCCUCUCAAGAGGAACAAGAUGAUUAUAGGGUGUCUUGCACCAGCUCCCAGGAGACGUCACCCUAUUUUAAUGUCAGAUCGAAUGGCCUUGACCUCGGAACUUUAUCACCGCCACCUUCAGAAUGUAUGAGUCAGGAAGAAUGCAUGGGGGACAAUGACUCAGAGCUGAAAAGAAUGGAGGAAGAUUCUCAUACGGCAAAUUUGCAACACCUGUGCCGUAUUUGUGGCAUUUCUUUUAAAAUAGAUCAACAGAGCAGAAACUAUCCAGUCCACGGGCCCGUGGAUGAUGAAACUCAAGAAGUCCUAAGACGGAGAGAGAAGAAAGCAACCUCUUGGCCUGAACUUAUCACAAAGGUUUUCAAGGUUGAUGUCAGGGGUGAUUUGGACACCAUUCACCCAACCCGCUUCUGUCAUAACUGCUGGACAAUCAUGCAUCAGAAGUUCAGCAAUACCUCCAGUGAAGUUUAUUUCCCUCGAAAUAAAGUUGUGGAGUGGAAGUCUCACUCAACCACAUGUAAAGUUUGCAAUUACUCCAAAACCUGGGGAAAAAGAAAAGGAGGGCUCAUUCAGAGUUCUCUCCUGCCCAAAAAACGCAAAAUCAGUGUAGAACAUGGGAAAAAGGUCAAAAAUGGAAAUACCACAUCCUUUUGGAAGAACAGCAAAGCUCUAAAUCAGAUAAAGACCAGCUGCAAGAAAAUCCACCUUGAUGCCAAUCUCCUGGUUGUGGAAUAUCCUUCUGACUUUGUCAAGUCGGUGACUUGCCAGGUGUGUGAACAUAUUCUGUUUGAUCCAAUACAAACUGCAUGCAAGCACCUAUUCUGCAGGAAUUGCAUUGUUAAGUAUAUCAAGAUCAUGGGCUGUUACUGCCCAGCCUGCAGGUAUACUUGUUUCCCAACUGACUUUACAACACCAGUGAAAUCUUAUCUGAACAUUUUAAAUUCCUUGGUGCUAAAAUGCACAGUGGCUGGGUGUGAUGAAGAGGUCACUCUUGGAAAAUACUCACACCACAUCUCCAAACACAAAGAGAUUAAAGGUAAAGAGGCCUAUGCUCAUAUCAACAAAGGUGGACGUCCCAGACAACACCUGCUGUCAUUGACAAGGAGAGCUCAAAAACACCGGCUUAGAGAGCUAAAGAUGCAAGUAAAGGCCUUUGCUGAGAAAGAGGAAGGGGGAGAUGUUAGAUCGGUUUGCUUGACUCUCUUUCUGUUGGCUCUAAGAGCAAAGAAUGAACACAGGCAAGCAGAUGAGUUAGAAGCCAUCAUGGAAGGUAGAGGAGCAGGUCUUCACCCCGCUGUUUGUCUUGCAAUAAGAGUAAACACCUUCCUGAGUUGCAGCCAGUAUCACAAAAUGUACAGGACAGUAAAAGCCACAACUGGUCGUCAAAUCUUUCAGCCACUCCAUGCUCUCAGAAAUGCAGAAAAGGCCUUGCUGCCAGGGUAUCAUCCCUUUGAAUGGAAACCUCCUCUGACAAAUGUCUCUACCAGUACAGAUGUUGGCAUCAUUGAUGGCCUUUCAGGACUCAAUAGUUCAGUUGAUGAAUACCCAGUGGAAGCUAUUUCUAAAAGGUUUAGAUAUGAUACUGCUUUAGUUUCCACUCUAAAAGACAUGGAAGAGGAUAUCCUUGAAGGCUUAAAAUCUCAGGAUCUGGAGGAAUACCUAAGUGGUCCCUUCACUGUGGUGGUCAAAGAAUCUUGUGAUGGAAUGGGAGAUGUCAGUGAGAAGCAUGGCGGUGGUCCUCCAGUUCCUGAGAAAGCAGUACGUUUCUCAUUCACCAUCAUGAACAUCAGUGUUCCCAACGGAAGUGGGUCUGUUAGAAUAUUUGAAGAGGCCAAACCAAACUCAGAGCUUUGCUGCAAACCCCUAUGUCUUAUGCUUGCCGAUGAAUCAGACCAUGAAACUCUAACAGCCAUCUUGAGUCCUUUGAUAGCUGAGCGAGAAACCAUGAAAUCGAGUGAGCUCAUGUUGGAGAUUGGGGGAAUCCUCAGAAGUUUCAAAUUUAUCUUUCGUGGUACAGGGUAUGACGAGAAGCUUGUGAGAGAAGUAGAAGGACUAGAAGCAUCAGGCUCUGUCUAUAUUUGUACCCUCUGUGAUGCUACUAGGCUGGAAGCUUCUCAGAACUUAGUCUUCCAUUCCAUUACCAGAAGUCAUUCUGAGAACUUACAGCGCUAUGAGACAUGGAGGGCAAACCCUUACCAUGAAUCUGCUGACGAGCUCCGCGACAGAGUGAAAGGAGUUUCAGCAAAGCCAUUUAUUGAAACCCUCCCAUCCAUUGAUGCCUUACAUUGUGACAUUGGAAAUGCAGCUGAAUUUUACAGGAUAUUUCAGCUAGAAAUAGGGGAGGUCUACAGAAACUCCAAUGCGACCAGAGAAGAGAGAAAAAAAUGGCAAACUAUACUUGACAAACACAUUAGAAAGAAGUUGAACCUGAAACCUAUCAUGAGAAUGAACGGAAACUUUGCCCGGAAACUCAUGAGCAAAGAGACUGUAGAAGCAGUGUGCGAAUUAGUGCAUUGCGAAGAGAGACAAGAGGCGCUUAAAGAACUAAUGGACUUGUACCUGAAAAUGAAACCAGUAUGGCGCUCUUCUUGCCCGGCCAAAGAAUGCCCAGAGCUACUGUGCCAAUACAGUUAUCAUUCUCAACGCUUUGCAGAACUCUUGUCCACAAAGUUCAAGUACAGAUACGAGGGCAGGAUUACCAACUAUUUUCACAAGACCCUUGCCCACGUCCCAGAGAUCAUUGAACGCGAUGGUUCCAUUGGAGCUUGGGCCAGUGAAGGAAACGAGUCUGGCAACAAGUUGUUCAGACGUUUUAGAAAGAUGAAUGCCCGGCAGUCCAAAAUAUAUGAGCUGGAAGAUGUUUUGAAGCAUCACUGGUUGUACACCUCCAAAUAUCUGCAGAAAUUUAUGAAUGCCCAUAUAAAUCUGAAGCAUCAAGGUUUUACAGUAGAUAUAGAUGCUAAUGCAGCGCCAGAGGAAGGCUUAGAGUGUUCUUUAGAUAAUUUAGAGUCAUUGGAAUUCUGA